UUUGGUUUUGUACGUGUGGAGCGGAGGCUGGGUAGCACACAAUUACAGAUUCUGUAUAUGUGGACAUAAAAUGUCACCAAAUGUCACCAGAGAGACAUGGAGAUACUCUAUCUCCUCGGCUCUCUACUUUCCACCUUCUUCACUUCUCUGGUGCUGUCAUUUCUCCUCCCCUUUUGCCACCUGUACCGCCGGUUCUGUGACCCGCGCUCCGCCGGAGACUCUGUUUCACUGUACCAAGGCACCGUAUGGCACGAGCGCCGCCGCCCCGUCCACCAUUCUUUCCGGUAUUCUGUUCGUUACGCGCUCUUUGACCUUGAACACGCUCCUCACGCCCCUCCUGACCACCUUUCUGCUGCCCAAGCUCGCACCUUUUCCGGCACAAAUGGCCCUGUUUUCUUGUUGACAAUGCCUCCAAGUGUGGGAUAUGAGCAAAAUCCUUUGAGUGUGUAUUAUUGCUAUGAGCUUGAGGGUUCAUCUAAGCUCUUGAAGAAAUGUAUUGCUGAAGUGACAAAUACUCCAUGGGGUGAAAGAGUGUUAUUUUUGUUCAACCCAGAAUCUGAUAUGGUUGCCAAAGCUCUACACGUUAGUCCUUUUAAUGAUAUGCUUGGUAAUUGGAGGUUGAAAACAAGUACUCCAGGAGAGAAUAUUUUUUUAACAAUUUCAGUUAAUCAUCCUACACUUGGUGACUAUUUCUCAGCUUCAUUGGUCGCCAAACAAGUAUUGUCUUCUACACAGGUGGAUCACGCACUAUUCUUCUGGCUGAUGCCUCAUAAAGUUGCAUUUUGGAUAUACUGGCAGGCUCUUAAACUUUGGUGGAAAGGUGUAAGGUUUGUACAGCAUCCACGGUAUUACAAUCCACUUUACAGACGAGAAGCUCUAGUCCGUGAUGAAGAGCUUCGCCGCUGUCCAGCAUUUACCAUGAACUCAGAUAGCCAUCCGGAAGCCAAAGAAAAGAUUUCCAGAUCUCAAGAAGACUCGAGUGCGAGAAGUCAUUGCUUCACCUGGAGGGAUGCCAAGUGGCCUUGGAACUAAAUGCAAGCCAUUAAGAUUAUUUGCUAAAAUUAUUUAUCUUUAUCUACGAGUAAUUUUUAUUUGUGAAGGAUGAUGUUGUACAACAGAAUGCUCCUAGCAUUCUGCCUGUUCAACUUGGUCCUGUUGUUCAGCGUUUUACCAUAAUGUAAUGUAAUGUAAAUGAGACAACAUUGUACCCAAUGGAGGUGAUAUUUCCAGUAAGUACUUCCCUCGAACAUGUCUUUGACGCACUGUAAACAUGAAAGUCUUGCUAGAACGUUCUCAUUUUUUGGGAGUUCAAACAUGAAAGUCUUGCAGACAACAUAUAUAAUAUCAUAAUAAUGUUCUAGAUUUCAUAAAAA